AAGCGCAGCGAAUAUUUGUAUCUUUUCUAAAUCAAUCACGUAAACUGUAUAAAACUUAGCUUGACUGUUAAAAUAUCAAAAAAUCUAGUGAACAAAAGGAAAGAUUUUUUAAGAUUGAGUGCUAAGUUAAAGCGCGUUUUAUCGCGCGUCUGUUUGUGUGUGUGCAGCAAUAAAUAAAAAGUGCAAUACAAAAAGAGGCUGAGAAUUGAUUUUUAACCAGUGUGAAGUGGCAAUAGAAAAAUGGUGCAAAAAUUCCAAUCGCCUGUGCGGGUCUACAAAUAUCCCUUUGAGCUGGUUAUGAAGGCUUAUGAGCGUCGCUUUCCCACAUGUCCACAGAUGCCCAUAGUGCUGGACUGCGAGGUGAUUAAGGACGAGUCGCUGGAGAAUGGGGCAAAGCGUAACACGAGUCGAAGAUGCAAAUUGGCUGUGGAUGCGCCCUAUAUCUUCAAAAAGCUCAUUGGCGUCGACUUUGUGUUCUUCCUGCAGCACAACUAUUUGGAUAUGACAAAUCGCACGCUGAGCAUUGAAGCCGUCAAUGAGAGUUUCUCCUCACGCAUCGAGAUCUUUGAGCGUUGUCGCUACUAUGCGCAUCCGGAUAAUUCAGAGUGGACAUGCUUCGAUCAGACGGCCACGCUGGAUAUUAAGAAUUUCUUUGGCUUUGAGCAUUCGAUGGAGAAAAUGGGCAUGAAGCAGUAUACACAGACGACGCUCAAGGGCAAGGAGAUCAUAGAGUUCUUUAUCAGUCAGCUAAAGGAGGAGGGCGUUACACAUGUGGAGCGCUGGGCGCCACCGCUAGAUGCUGCAAAGCCCUCAAAUGCGGAGUCACAUCAUGACAUAUUGCUCGACGGUGAUUUCAUAGCACGCAGCUUGGGUCAGCUGUCGCCCAUGCAGGAGUCCAAGCUGCUGGAGCUGCGAAAAAUGCUCGAUGGUGUCGAUGAUCUGGAGCGCAUGCCCAGUUAUCAGACCAUCUUGCGUUUCUUGUCAGCACGCGAUUGGCAUGUGAGCCAGGCCUAUGCCAUGCUCUGUGAUUCGCUCAAAUGGCGCAGCGAACAUCGCAUUGAUGCUCUGCUGGAGGAAUAUAGUAAACCAGCUGUCGUUGUGGAGCAUUUUCCUGGUGGCUGGCAUCAUCAUGACAAGGAUGGUCGUCCCAUAUAUAUUCUGCGCUUGGGUCACAUGGAUGUCAAGGGUCUGCUCAAGUCGCUGGGCAUGGAAGGAUUGCUGCGUUUGGCUCUGCACAUCUGUGAGGAGGGCAUACAGAAAAUAAAUGAGUCGGCAGAGCGUUUGGAGAAGCCUGUCCUGAACUGGUCCCUGUUGGUUGAUCUGGAAGGUCUUUCCAUGCGCCAUUUAUGGCGUCCAGGCAUCAAAGCUUUGCUCUACAUAACUGAAACCGUGGAGCGCAAUUAUCCAGAGACAAUGGGACGCGUGUUGGUUGUGCGCGCUCCACGCGUUUUUCCCAUUGCUUGGACUAUUGUCAGCGCGUUUAUAGAUGAACACACACGCUCCAAGUUUUUGUUUUAUGGACCAGACUGUGAGCAUAUGCGGGAGGGUCUGGCUCAGUAUAUCGAUGAGGAAAUUGUGCCCGACUUUUUGGGCGGUCCAUGCAAGACCAUGAUACAUGAAGGUGGUCUAGUGCCAAAGACGCUGUAUAAAAUGAAUUCGCUGGAGGAUCAUGACGAUGAGACGCCUGUUGCUUCGCGUGCUGCCUCCGCCUCUGCCGCCAUGGAAGCUGUUAGUCAGGGCAAGCGCUUGUCUGCUGCACAUCAUCAUGAACAUCAAAAUCUGUACAAGACCGUUGAGCUCAAGGCAGGCUUUGCACACGAGCUGCUUAUACGCAAUGCGGAUCCCAAGAGUGUGCUCACCUGGGACUUUGAUGUCAUGCGCAACGACAUGCACUUUACGCUCUAUCGUGUCACCGAGGAGCUGCCCGAUAAGCAGGAUGCUGCCGUUUCGUACUUUGAUCUGCAAGACUUUGUUGAGGGUGUCAACUAUUUUAGGGAAGAGCCUACGCUAAUUUGCCGCCACAAGGAGAGCGUGCAGGGAUCCCAUGUUAUGCAUCACAACGACAGCUAUUUAAUGCACUGGUUCAGUCCUUCAGGCGCUCAAUUGAAUUUGUUCUAUGAAGUGCUCAGCUCGGUUAACUACAAGGGCUCCAUGACUAGCCUGCAGUCCGCAUUCUCUUCGAACUCAUCGGCGGCCAGCUCGUGUCAGAGUCGAUGAUAUGAGAAAAGUGCACAGGGUGGCGUUGACACGCAGGACACAACGACUCCCGGUGCACCAGGCGCAAAAGAGGCGCAGCUGGACUUGGACUUAAUGUCUGGCACACUGAUGGAGAAGAGUUUGAAUCUAUUUGAUACACCAGAUAUAUUUUUUUAAGCCACAACAACAAAUUUGCAAUCUCGUUUUUAAUUUAGCCAAAUAUUUUAGUUUAU